CCGGCUCUGUACGGCGGGAUCUCAGAGUAUUUCUGCUGGGCCCCCGCGCGGCGCUGCGGUAGAACCGUGGUUACGGUCUCCCGAUUCCAGCCGCCGCGGUCCGCGGGGGGCCCACCCAGCCGGCGUCUUACUUUAGGGGCCCUCCCAUGGCUUCCCAGGGUAGGGUGGAGGCAGCGACCAAAGGAAGGGGGUUCUGGCCCUGCCCCAAGCAGGCCACUUACACCCCUGGGACCUGCGAGCUCCUCAGAGCAAUGAUGAAGGAAUCCAAACUGACGAAAUUCCAACAGCGCCACAUCAUGGACACCAUGAAAAGAGGAGGUGCUCUGCCCCUAUACUGCAGUCCAACAACCAGCCAGAGGGUCUUGCCUUCCAAGCAGCCAGCCUCGGCUAUCUGCCUGCCUCCCAUCCUGACAGCCCGGUCCAGCCUCCGGCCUGCCAGCGUGUGCCAGGCCAACGGGGCCUACAGCCGGGAGCAGUUCAAGCCUCGGGCCACCCGAGAUCUGGAGAAGGAGAAGCGAAGACUCCAAAAUAUCUUGGCCACGGGGAAGGAUAAAGAGGAACGGAAAAGAAAGCCCCCUCCCGUGCAAAGGGAGGACCCAGCCCCUGAGCUGGACCGGUUUGAAGAACUGGUCAGGGAGAUCCAGGAGAGGAAAGAAUUCCUGGCUGACAUGGAGGCCCUGGGACAGGGCAGACAGUACCGAGGAAUCAUCCUUGCUGAGAUCUCCCAGAAACUCCGGGAAAUGGAAGACAUUGACCGCCAGAGGAGUGAGGAUCUUAGCAAGGCUCUGGCCAGCACCUAACCUGUCCCCAGGGGCGGAGUAACCCAACCUUGACCGC